AUGGACCCCAGGAAACCGGCCAUCCUCCUGGUGGGCGGCGGCGAGGGCAUGGGACCGGUGGAAAGGACGGUGGAAGCUCUCAGCAAGGUUUUGGAUGUGGAAUUCCAGCUUGUCGUUGUCUGCGGAAGAAAUCACAAACUCGUAGAACGGCUGAAGCGAAGGGAGUACCCAGCUGGGAUGCAGGUGCAUGUGAAGGGCUUUGUUGACAACAUGCCAGAGUUCAUGUUUGCGAGCGACAUCAUGAUCACAAAGGCUGGGCCUGGAACCAUUAGUGAGGCGCUCAUCUGCGGACUGCCCAUGAUCCUGAAUGCCUACAUACCCUGCCAAGAGGAGGCCAACAUACCAUACGUCGUUGAGAAUGAGGUUGGUCUCUUUGAGCGCAACCCACACAAGGUGGCGCUCAUCGUAAAGGGCUGGCUGGGAGACCAGGCCGGGCAGCUGCGUGCCAUGGCCCAGCGAUGCAGGAAGCUGGGGCAGCCUGAUGCCCUCUUCAACAUCGUCAGGGAGCUGUCUUCGAUGGUGGCUGCCUGA